GCACGGUCACAUGACCAGCACGUCACCCGUCCUUCUCCCUACUGGCAGGUGUUCUUGUGCUCUUGCUCCCGAAGCCUUUAGCAGUUCUAGCAGCGACUAAGGAGGAGGAGGGGUUUGGGCUGGUCACCCAUUCACACAAGUCAUCUUUUCUUUAUCCUCCUCUACAAAAGCCCGGAGGAGACAAGAGGCUCGGCCAUGGAUACACAGAAAGAAGCUUUGCAGAGGAUUGUUACAACCCUUGCCAACAAAAAUGAUGAAAUCCAGAAUUUUAUUGAUACUCUCAGGCACAGACUAAGAGGCGUGCAGGCAAACUCGACUAAAGUCCUUUCAGAUUUGGAUGAUGAGUUUGAUAGCCUUUACUCAUUCCUGGAUGAGAUGAAAGAGAGCAUGUCUAACACUAUAAAGCAAGAGCAAGCCCGUAAAACACAGGAGCUGCAGAAUCAGUUGACCCAGUGUACAAAUGCCCUGGAGAGCUCAGAGGAGCUAUUAGAAUUCGCUUCACAGUCUCUCAGCAUAAAGGAACCUGAAGAAUUCACAAAGGCUGCCAGACAGAUCAAGGAUAGAGUAACAAUGGCCGCUGCAUUUCGACUCUCACUGAAACCAAAGGUCAGCGACAAUAUGACCCAUUUAAUGGUGGACUUUUCCCAAGAAAGGAAGAUAGUCCAGGCUCUGAAGUUCUUACCAGUCCCUAAGGCACCUGAAAUUGAUCCAGCAGACUGCAUUGUGGCAGACAACUGUGUGACGGUGGCAUGGAGAAUGACUGAAGAAGAUAGCAAAAUUGAUCAUUAUGUGCUUGAAUAUAGGAAGACUAACUAUGAUGGACUACCUAGGGUUAAAGAUGAGAGAUGCUGGGAGUUGAUUGAUCACAUAAAGGACACUGAAUAUACUCUUUCUGGUUUAAGGUUUGACUCCAAGUAUAUGAACUUCCGAGUAAGAGCUUGCAAUAAGGCCGUUGCUGGGGAAUAUUCAGAUCCGGUCACGUUAGAAACCAAAGCACUGAUGUUUAGCUUUGACAACACAUCAUCCCAUCUUAACUUAAAAGUAGAAGAAUCAGUUGUUGAGUGGGACCCAACGGGAGGGAAAAGUCAGGAGAACAAAGUAAAAGGAAAGGAAAACAAAGGCAGUGGCCAUGUCACGUUACUGAAGAACAAUACCAGAAGUGGAACCCCAUCACCAAAAAGAACAUCUGUCACUUCAAGGCCAGCUACAGUAAGGGGAAGCAGAGACCGAUUUACUGGCGAGUCGUACACAGUUUUGGGCGACACUGCAAUUGAAAGUGGGCAGCAUUACUGGGAGGUAAAAGCCCAGAAGGACUGCAAAUCAUACAGUGUGGGCAUCACACAUAAAACAAUAGGCAAGUUUGACCAACUGGGAAAGACGAAUACCAGCUGGUGUUUAUACGUCAACAACUGGUUGCAGACAACAUUUGCUGCAAAGCACAACAACAAGGCCAAAGCAUUGGAGAUGACUGUCCCAGACAGAAUAGGAAUAUACUGUGAUUUCGAUGGAGGUCAACUUGCAUUUUAUAAUGCAGAUACAAAACAAUUGCUAUAUAGUUUUAAAACAAAAUUUACACAACCAAUUAUCCCAGGAUUCAUGGUUUGGUGUGGUGGAAUAACAUUAUAUACAGGACUGCAGGUUCCAAGUGCUGUGAGGACACUUCAGAAGUCAGAGAAUGGGAUGAGUGGCUCAUCUAGCAGCCUAACCAGCGCUGUUCAAUAACCUGAUAUGGUUGAAAAGUUUUCUCUGAGUGGAUUAUUAGUUUUUUUUCAUUUAAUUCUGUAGUAACAUGCUGGUUGCUGUUCACCAAAACUGCAAGCAAACUGAUCUUUUAGGUCAUGUGGCGUCUUGGUGCCCUGCUCGUAUGCUCGUCCAGUCAGCAAAGCAUACCAAUUGCAAGCCAUCUGAGAAGAUACUGAAGUUGUUGGAAGUAUAAGUAGGAUGUCAUACUUACAGGUUUCAAUUGCAGUCAUGCUGCACAUAAUGACUUUUUUCCAACCUAGCCACACAGUUCAAAUGUGUAUUUAAAAAAAAAGUUUUAAAUGUCUUGUAAGUAUAAAGAGUGUAAGUAUAAAGAAGAAUGUAAAAUACUGUAAAUGGGAUGUAAACUUCUACUCUUAUUGUCUGUUACAUCAGGUUGAGGCUUAUACAAUACACAGAAUAUUUGGUGCUCUUUUUGGUUAAAUAAUGCUUGAGUGCCUCAAUGUGGAGAAUGGUGUGUUCCAUCUGACAAACAACAAAGCAUUUACUAUCACCUGAAUGGAGAAGUCUAUCCAAGGACCAAACUGAAUGGCAGUGCCACUUGUGAGAUUUUGGCUAAGGUGCAUUCUGAUGAGUUUCAGUUUUUCAGAUUUACCAGUCAUUGUAGUUGAAAACCACACCUUCCAGUUAUCCUGUCUACCAGGUGCAGUACUGAAUUAUGGUUCGCAAGUGGGGUGGUCCUUGUUGGAAAGAAUAUUGUGCAUUCUCUGUGGAUCAUGGACACUGUAAAAAGAGUGAGAUUUUCUUUUAAUGGUUUAAUAUGUUGCUGGUUGCUGAGGUAUUUUGCUAAACAAAAAGUGAAAUAUUAGAAAAAACUACAAAACCUACUCUCAAAAUAUUACUCUCUAUAUCAUACUAAUAGUAAACUCAAAGGUGAACAACCACUUUAAGGACCAGUAGUGUCAUGAAGUUUUCAUAGUUUACAUUUAAAAGGGAACUAAAAUUCGAUAAAGAGCCCUGCACAACACAGAAACCCCUAAUAUACCUAUGUAUACCUAUGCAAUGUUUCUUCAAAAAACAUGAAUAAAUACCAUUUUGAUAUGCUGAAAUUCAGCUACAAAGCAGUUCUUUUGUUUCAGCAUUACAUUAAAAAUCAUGAAAAGGCUGCAUAUUUUUAAUUGAUGUAUAUUGCAAAGUUUCUUGAAAUUAUGUUUACUUUUCGAAAAGCUUAAGCUGUGUUUGGGUGGCGUUCCCCUUUAUAGGGCUUAUUUGCUGGACAUGUCAGUAUCACGUUAUGAUCUCUGCAGACGGCUGAUUAUUUUUUGGAAUUAUAAUUUCAACCAUUUGUUCUCACCUUAUAAGUAUAGAAAGGAUAUUUGCUAUGGUUAGUUAUUCAACUACAAUAAUUGGAGAAGGCAAGUUAAUCUUUUCUACAAUGAUGUGGAAUAUGUUUAUAAAUAUGCGGUAUUAAGAACAAUAACAGUGUUACCUUGCCUUGAUCUAUAGCUACCCCCCUCCCCCCAGUGUCACUCCAGAUACCAAUAUUUAAAUUUUCAAAUAUAGGCUUUUGAAUAGAAGGGUUGCUGAAAUAUUAUUUGUAGCACCCCCUCUGAAUCCUGAUUCUUGGAAGUAUAAAUUACCUGAAUGUCAUCUGAGGCUAUAAGAGAGCCUCCUGGCAGGUCCUGGCAGCUUUUAUGCCUAAAUAAGGGGAACAUGUCCUGCCCAUGGAGGUAGGGGUACAGUAUUGUGCAAGAAACAUGUAAGUACCUGGCAGGAAAAAAAAAAACCACUUUUAAUUAUAUGAUUAACCUCUCCUUUAAUUAUGUGUAAAAGAUUACAAGUACAUUUUUUGUAUGUAAUUUAAAAACAGUUUAAUGCUUUCAUUUGUAUUCAGACAAAUUCAAUACGAAAUCUUCUCUCUUAAUUCAAUUUCAGAUUCUCCCAUAGAACUAGAUGCAAUUCAAAAAACAACUUGCUCUUUAUCACAAUGUUGAAAUCUAUGGGAAAACUAAUUUAAUAGAAAAGUUUUUUCCCCUCAAAUUGGAUUUCACCCAUUGAUUUUUAUGGGACAAACCAUAAAAUAAAAUGUUCUUACUGAUUUGAA